UCAGCCGAGAGAGAGGAACGGAAGAGGCGCGCCUCCUCUUUUCCCUCCACGACGACAACGGUAGCGGCGGCGGCAGCAGCAGCAGCAGCGACACCCUCCCGAGGGAGCGAGCUCUGGGUGAGGGGCGACGGAGGCGAGGCUCGCUCUCCCACCGGGGGCGCUGUCUUGUCCGGCAUGCGGAGUGGAGGUGAUGUGCUAAAGAGAAAGGCGAAAAGGAACGUUAUGAAUAUUUCCAGAUGAAGAACAACAAAUAAUACAAACCAUGGAAAAAAUACUGAAAGAUUUUGACAAAGGCCUGCAAGAAAGUAUUUCUGAUUUUGUGGAUUUGAGUGGCAAUUGCCAACAAUCUUUUGAAGAGGUUUCUGUGAACCAAAGCUCUAUGCAUCUUCCACUUGAUUCUCCGACCACAGAAUCUUCAUCACAAACAUCUCUUUCUUUCACUGUACCUUCAGAAGAAGACAGUGUAUUAUUCAACAAACUGUUAUACCUUGGAUGUAUGAAAGUUUCUGCUCCCCGCAGUGAAGCAGAGGCCUUGUGUGCCAUGGCAACUUUGAAAAACUCAAAUCAUUCUCCAUCUCCUGUAACUCUUUAUGUUCCAAAUAUUCCAGAUGGUUCUGUUAGAAUAAUAGAUCAGUCCAGCAGUACAGAAAUUGCUUCUUUCCCAAUCUACAAAGUGUUGUUCUGUGUCCGUGGGCAAAAUGGGACUUUGGAAUGUGACUGCUUUGCGUUUACUGAGAGUUACUCUGGAACUGAGGAGUUUCAAAUUCAUGUCUUCUCUUGUGAAAUUAAAGAGGCAGUUAGCCGAAUUUUGUAUAGUUUUUCAACAGCAUUCAAACGUUCCUCCAAACAGGCAUCAGAUAAUGUGAAGGAUACUAUUGUUUCAAGUCCUGACAGUGAUAUAUUCAUGUUCACUGUUUCUUUAGAGGUCAAAGAAGAUGAUGGUAAAGGAAAUUUCAGUCCAGUACCAAAAGACAGAGAGAAAUUUUACUUCAAACUAAAGCAAGGCCUUGAGAAGAAGAUUGUCAUCACUAUAAAGCAGAUUUCCAACAAAGAAUUAGCCAUUGAAAGGUGCUUUGGAAUGCUGCUAAGUCCAGGUCGAAAUGUCAAAAACAGUGACAUGCACUUACUGGAUAUGGAGUCUAUGGGGAAAACGUCAGAUGGUAAAGCUUAUGUAAUAACUGGACUUUGGAAUCCUAAUAUGCCUAUCUUUUUAGUCUUAAAUGAAGAAACUCCUAAGGAUAAGCGUGUAUACAUGACUGUGGCAGUAGAUAUGGUAGUCACAGAAGUGGUAGAGCCAGUUCGUUUUCUGUUAGAGACACUUGUACGAGUGUAUCCCGCCAAUGAACGCUUCUGGUACUUCAGCAGGAAAACCUACACAAAAACAUUCCAUAUGAAAUUAAAACAGUGUGAAGGGAAAGGCAGUAUAAAUGCUGGCGAUUCAAUCUAUGAAGUCUUGAGUCUACACUGCAAUUCUGAAAGAGAGGAAGAAGCAGUUAGUCCAUUAAGUUUUGCUGAUCAAAUUUCUUUGCAAGAGGAUGAUGCUGAAGAGGGAAGCGAUAAUGAACUCUCAAGUGGUACGGGUGAUGUAUCCAAAGAUUGUCCAGAGAAGAUAUUGUAUUCUUGGGGAGAAUUGUUGGGACGAUGGCAUAAUAAUCUGGAAAUGCGACCAAAAGGUCUAUCUUCAUUGGUGAAAAGAGGUGUGCCAGAGGCUUUGAGAGCUGAAGUGUGGCAGUUACUAGCAGGAUGUCAUGAUAAUCAAGCGAUGUUGGAUAAAUACAGAAUUCUUAUCACAAAGGAAUCUACCCAGGAGAGUGUCAUUACACGAGAUAUUCAUCGUACAUUUCCAGCACAUGAAUAUUUUAAAGAUACUGGAGGAGAUGGACAGGAUUCUCUAUAUAAGAUUUGUAAGGCAUAUUCAGUUUACGAUGAAGAAAUUGGCUAUUGUCAAGGUCAUUCCUUUCUUGCUGCUGUUCUUCUGCUGCAUAUGCCUGAAGAACAAGCCUUCUGUAUCCUAGUGAAGAUCAUGUAUGACUAUGGCCUGCGGGACCUGUAUAAAAACAAUUUGGAAGGUUUGCGGAGAAAAUUUUAUCAGCUGGAGAAACUUACGCAGGAACAGCUGCCUGAUUUAUAUAACCAUUUUGUGGAACAGAAUCUUGAAGCUCAUAUGUAUGCCUCCCAGUGGUUUCUCACCCUCUUCACUGCCAAGUUUCCACUCUGUAUGGUCUUCCACAUAAUUGAUUUACUACUUUGUGAGGGUCUGAAUGUAAUCUUUAAUGUAGCCCUGGCUCUCUUAAAGACUUCCAAAGAGGAUCUUCUGCAAGCUGAUUUUGAAGGAGCUUUAAAGUUUUUUAGAGUACAGCUGCCUAAAAGGUACAGAGCUGAAGAAAAUGCUAGAAGGCUUAUGGAACAGGCCUGCAAUGUCAAGGUGCCUACAAAGAAACUGAAGAAAUAUGAGAGAGAAUAUCAAAUGAUGAGGGAGAAUCAGCUGCAGCAGGAAGACCCUUUGGAUCGAUACAAGAGGGAGAAUCGCAGGCUUCAGGAAGCCAGCAUGCGACUUGAGCAAGAGAACGAUGACCUUGCUCAUGAACUUGUAACAAGCAAAAUUGCUCUACGAAAUGACUUGGACCAGGCUGAAGAUAAGGCAGAUGUUUUGAAUAAGGAACUGCUCCUGACCAAACAAAAACUAGUGGAAACUGAAGAGGAGAAGCGAAAACAGGAAGAAGAAACAGCGCAGCUGAAGGAGAUGUUCAGAAAGCAGUUGGAGAAGGCGGAAUCUGAAAUAAAGAAGACAAGUGCAAUCAUUGCAGAAUACAAACAAAUUUGUUCCCAGUUGAGUAGCAGACUAGAAAGACAACAAGUAGCCAGUAAAGAAGAACUUGAAGUUGUAAAGGGAAAGGUGAUGACUUGCAAACAUUGUAGUGAAAUUUUCAGUAAAGAAGGAACAUUAAAAGUGCCUGCUGUUAAAGAAAGGUCAGGAGAAGACACAGAUGAUGAGAAAGAUGCCCUUAAGAAACAACUGCGAGAGAUGGAACUGGACUUGGCACAGACUAAGCUGCAACUUGUGGAAGCCAAAUGCAAAAUACAGGAACUGGAACACCAGAGAGGAGCACUGAUGAGUGAAAUUCAAACUGCCAAAAACUCUUGGUUCAGCAAAACCUUGAACUCUAUCAAAACAGCAACAGGCACACAGCCUCUACAGCAGCCUCAACUCUCAUCGUCACCUAAAGAAGGCAGCACAUAGUUCCAGCUGCACCCCAUGCAAAAGAGCACAAUGGACUAAAUCAGCUGAAGCCCCUUGGUGGUUCUUCCAGAGAACUUGUUCAAAGGGGGAGGCAGGGGACCCAGCUGGGAAACCAAUUCCUUCUGUGUCUUUCAUUUGUUUUAAUGUGUCCCUUUCAGAGGGAAGUUCUAUAAAGGUUCUGUUUCAUGUGGAAUACUCUUCCCAGCUGCCUUGAUGGAAGCCCCAUCUCAAUUCUUUCAUAUUUGACAUGUAAUUUUUGUAGGCCUAGAUGUUGAAACAUGGAUAAUAAUUUAGAACUACUUGUUCCAUAUGUUGCUAAAAUUAUUUAUAUUUUUUAAAUCUUCCAAAAGAAGAAAAGAGCAAGGUAAUUUGUCAGAAUGUCACGGUUUGCUGGUGUCUCAGAACAACUUCACAUCUCUCACUCCUCCUGGCAAAAAAUGCAGCUGUUAUUUUAAGAUUUGACUCUCAGGCUAUAUUAACAAUGUAAGUGGGAAAACAGAAAUUCUAAAAAAAAAGGGGGGGUGGGGAGUUACUAAAUAAGAACAUGCAGUAAAACCAUAUUUCUUUUUAUAUGUUGCCUUUGAGAUUUCCAAAAUUUACUUAUAUAUUGCCACUACUCUCCCCACCCCAAUACCAUACCCUUUGCCAAUCUGCAGAUUAUGGUCUUAAUCUAAAAAAAGUUUUUAUGAGCAGUGACCUUUAAAAUGAACAAAAUAAAAUAGGUAAAUUUUAAUGGGUGAUGGCACCUUUGGUGCUCUUGCACUGUUCCCAUUAAUAUUAAUAGGGUUUCUACAAGAGACAGAAAGUAUUCAUGGUAAAAUGUGUCCAAAAUGCAUAAAGAAAAGCUAAUUUAUGAUUGGUAGAGCAAUUUUUGAAACGUUUCCUGUGUCUCUCUGGAAAUCAUACUUGUUUUGUAUCUUUCUAAAGUGCAAAAAAGCAUUUGUUACAUUUUUGAAUUGAACAUAAAAUGUUUAUAAAAUUGCUUAUUUCAUGGAGAAUCAAAUUGCUUAAAUUGAUGGAUUUUUAAAAAUUAUAUAUAAUGUGCAUAAUAUCUUGCAGGUUAACAUCACCAUCAAAUGACUAUUAGUUGUGUAUUUGGUUUUCAUGCUAUGAAAAACGUUCCAAGGUUCUAUUCAUUUUAAUCCAAAUUAAUGCAAUAGACUUUUAGUCAGUUCUGUAAAAUAAAGUUUAACUAUGCUGGU